AUGGGCCCCCGAAACAUCCGCACGGUGGAUUCCGCCGAGCAUCAAAGCUCAUUGAGCAGAUCCUUUGCAUCCAGCUCACCCAUUGCUGCCUCAGCAAUCGCACGGGAUCUGGCAGAAUACAGCGACGAGGAAGGAACCCCCACAUCUGAAGCUUCCGAUACCUCAACAGCCCGACCGGCAGCUAGUUAUACCAGCACCAACCCUCGCUCUUUAGCCGGCUCGUAUCGUCGGCCCGGGUAUUUUACCUCUGUCAGUCAUGCAACUGUAAUUCCCUGGACCGGGGAACAGCAGGCUCUCUCACAAAGCGAGCGCGACCAAGCAAUUGAGGAGGAACGGCAUCUGUUGAGUGAUAACCAUGUUAUCCCACCGGAACAUGCGCAUGGGAAAUCACACGGGCUACAGCGCAAGAUGAGUGGCUUGCUAUCCGCUGCUAUCCGUCAAGGACAGUCGUCUCGACGGCCAAGCGCCUCUUCCUGGCGACCCAGAAGCAGGGAAUCCGACACGGAUACGGCAAGCGAAACGACUGCUCUGCUUGUAGAGAGACGCGCCGAUACUGAGGCCGCUGCAAUGGACCACGAGGAAAUUGACCGUAAAUGGGACGAAGCCGUCGCAGCGGGCCUCAUCCACACGACAUGGCAGCGCGAAGCAAAGGUCAUCGGAAGAUACUCUUUGCCGCUCAUGGUCACUUUCUUGCUGCAGUAUUCCUUGACCGUGGCUAGUAUCUUCACCAUUGGCCACUUGGGCAAGGAAGAGCUUGGAGCUGUCAGUCUCGCGAGUAUGACUGUGACCAUUACUGGAAAUGCCGUGUACUCGGGUCUGUCGACUAGUUUGGAUACACUCUGUGCCCAGGCCUAUGGUUCUGGAAAGAGGAAGUUGGUAGGCCUGCAGAUGCUGCGCAUGGUAUAUUUUCUUUGGGUGAUUACCAUCCCAAUCAUGGUGCUCUGGUACUUCUCGGAGUAUAUCCUUGCCAAGAUCGUACCAGAGAAAGAGGUCGCUGAGAUGGCGGGUUUGUAUCUGAGAGUCGCUCUCUUGGGAACCCCAGCAUUCGCCUGCUUCGAGAGUGGCAAGCGAUAUCUGCAGGCCCAAGGUGUAUUUUCAGCCUCCCUGUACGUGUUGAUUUUCUGCGCACCACUGAAUGCCUUUUUGAACUGGUUCUUAGUCUGGGUAAGUACUUUCCGGCUUUUCGCAACCUUUCCGUCGAGAACAAUAUUGACUGUACAUCAGAAACUUCAAUGGGGGUUUAUUGGAGCUCCGAUUGCCGUCGUAAUCACAGAAAACCUCCUCCCAGUCGGUCUUUUCAUCUAUGUUUAUUUCUUCGUGGGAUCCGAGUGUUGGUGCGGGUUCACCAGACGAGCAUUCCAGAACUGGGGCCCCAUGAUCCGUCUCGCUCUCCCCGGGCUGAUCAUGGUCGAAGCAGAAUGCCUAGCCUUCGAGGUUCUGACGCUGGCAUCGAGCUACCUCGGCACAUCCGAACUCGCAGCACAGUCCAUUCUCGCUACCAUCUCCAGUAUCACAUGGCAGAUUCCCUUCCCCUUGUCUAUUGCGGGUAGCACACGAGUAGCGAAUUUGAUCGGGGCUACCUUGGUGGAUGCCGCCAAGACCUCUGCGAAAGUGAGCUUCUGUGGAGCAGUACUAGUCGGCGCGUUCAACAUGAUUCUUCUCUCGACCUUGCGGUCGUAUAUCCCCAGACUAUUCAGUUCUGACCCCGAAGUCGUCGAAAUCGUGGCACAAGUUCUCCCGCUCUGCGCGGCCUUCCAACUUUUCGAUGCUCUCGCGGCAAACUGCAAUGGUAUUCUCCGUGGUCUGGGUCGCCAGGAGGUGGGCGGCUACAUACAGCUCUUCUGUUACUAUGUGAUUGCCAUGCCUCUUAGCAUGGGAACAACAUUUGCCCUAAACUGGGGUGUCAUGGGCUUAUGGACUGGCGUUGCCCUUGCGCUUGGCCUCGUAUCCAUCAUUGAGGGCAUCUUCAUCAGCCGAGCCAAUUGGAACCGGUCUGUCGAGGAAGCUCUGUCGAGGAACGAGUUGACCUGA